AUGAACCCCAGCGAUGACAACUCUCCCAAGCCGUUGGAGGUUCUGCAAAUGAACCCGGUUCCGCCGUUUUUGUCCAAGACCUUUGACCUCGUCGACGACCCCUCUCUCGACCCCAUUAUCUCGUGGGGCUCCACGGGCUUUAGCUUCGUCGUGUGGGACCCUCUGGAGUUCGCCAGAAUCGUGUUGCCGCGUCAUUUCAAGCACAACAACUUCUCCAGUUUCGUUCGCCAGCUCAAUACUUAUGGAUUCCGCAAGAUUGACACAGACAAGUGGGAGUUUUUUAAUGAAGCAUUCCAGCGAGGGAAGAAGCACUUGCUGAAGAACAUCCAAAGACGCAGGUCACAACAAUCCCAGCACGUUGGUAGCUAUAUUGGAAAUGGAUCGUCUACUGAGGCAGGGAGGUUUGAUGUUGAGGUUGAGAUAGAGAAGCUUAGGAAAGAAAGGACCAUCUUGAUGGAAGAGGUGAUUGAUUUGCAGCAAGAGCAACGAAGAACAGCUAACCGUGCAGGAGAAGUGAAUCAAAGGCUGCAAUCUGCAGAACAAAGGCAGAAACAAAUGGUUUCUUUCCUUGCUAAGUUGAUCCAAAACCCAGCCUUUUUAGCCCGCCUUAGGCACAAGAAGGAACAAAAAGAGAUAGAUUCUCCAAGAGUAGUAAGGAAGUUUGUCAAGCAGCACCAACAUGAAACUGGAACAGCAGAAGCUCUCAAAGAAGGACAGAUAGUGAGGUAUCAACCUGAUUGGACAAAUAUAGGCAUGUCUUCUGAAACUCCAAAACUAAGUCCAGUUUCCAUUGAACAGUCUCCUCACUACACUUCACAGGGCUUGGCAGGAGAAAUGAGUGGAGGUGCGGAAGAGCUGACUGCUGCUCAAAUUGAGAAUAUUGUAUCACAUGACUUGGCUGCAAUGCACGGGAUCACACCACCUCAAGAAAUGAUGAUUGGAGAAGGAUCAUCCAGCUUUGGAGCUGAAGACCCCCUUUUCAAAGGGAAGAGUGUUGUGAACCCAAGUCUAGAACUUCCUCCAGAGUAUUUUGCAUCCUUCCCAGAGGUUUUGUCCAAGGAGAAAGGCUUUCUAGAUUUUCCUACUCUUGGAACUGAAGACAUUAUCAAGCUUGAAGAUAUAUGGGACUCUGGCCUCAAUCUUAGUGGUGCAGCUUCAAGCUGUGGGAAUGAGCUGUGGGGCAAUCCCAUGAAUUAUGAAGAUGAUCCAGAGUUUGGAAUAACAACUGGUUUGUCUGAGUCAGACAUCUGGGAUAUUGGAUCAGGAAGUUUGGGAAUUGAUAAGUGGCCAGGUGAUGAACCUUCUAUCGGUGAAAUAGAUGGUCAAGCUGGUCAUCCAAAAGAAGAUAGACCUAAGAAUGUUGAUCCAUAG